CGAUAUUCCCUUUUUCGAGAUGAAGCGAUCGGUCUUAAUUUUCUUUUUACUUUUACAAUGCAUUUUCUCGGUGUAUGGGCAAGCAGACGCAAAGAAAGACAAGCUUUUGAAGCUCGCAAAGGAGAACAAUGGUCUUGUUAAGUUAAACAGCAAGACAUACAGCCAGUUCACAGAAGGAAAACGAAACUAUGGCCUCGUUGUACUAUUAACCGCCCUUAAUGACCGUUUCAAAUGCAUCCCAUGCCGUGAAUUCGAUUCCGAGUACAAGUUAGUCGCCUCAAGUUUCCAAAAAACACAAGAUCCCAGCCGUGUUUUCUUUGGCUAUCUGGACUUUGAGGAUGGCCAGGCUAUUUACCAGCAGCUUGGCCUCCAAACCGCACCCAACGUAUUUUAUUUCCCUCCGUCCAAGGCCAGUGCAAGAAGAGAGCCAGAGCGUUACGAUUUGGCAAAGAGUGGAUUCUUGGCAGAGACCUUUGCCAGCUUCUUGUCACGUCAGAUUAAUGCCCCUGUCCCAGUCAAUCGCCCUAUUGAUUUCUUCAAGUUGGGUAUUAAAGUUCUGAUAGGUUUAGGUGUUGUAGCUGCUUUGAAGUUGCUUUACCCCUAUUUUGGCUUUAUUAUCCAGCACAAGAACACCUGGGCUGCUUUCUCAAUUAUUACUAUCUUGGUCAUGACUUCUGGCCAUAUGUGGAACCGUAUCCGCAACCCUCCUUAUGUUAUGCCUGGUCAAAAUGGGCAGAUCAAUUAUGUUGCUUCAGGUUUUCAACAACAGCUAGGAAUGGAAUCUCAGAUUGUCGCAUCCAUUUAUGGAGUAUUGGCUUUUUCUGUCGUGUCUCUGGCUUAUGCUGUACCUUCUUUUGAUGACAAGUUCCGUCAGCGUUUCGGUGUUUAUGUUUGGUCAAUUGCAAUCUUUGUCGUGUUUAGCUGUUUGGUGAACUUAUUCAGACUUAAGAACGCCGCAUAUCCUUUUAAGAUCCUCUUUUAAUCAAUAGAGAAAAUAAAAGAUACAGACAAUCAAUUCUGUAAGAAUU